AGGGGCGCUGCCUUCAUGGUAGACCCCGUUCUGCCCCUCCCGCCCCCCGUUUUCCCUCCGAGGGCACGUGAGCCGGGCUGCGCGCGCAUUUCGUUAGUUCUAUCCCGUUAUUAUCGUUACAUUUCCAAACGCGAAGGAAAUCGACCAACGCGGGCUGCGGCUGUGGGGCCUCGAUCCCGCGGGACCGUCAGCCUGCGCAGCACCGUGAAGCCAAGGCGGCGGGACCCCUCCCCAGCAAAGAGUCCUGCUGCUGUUGUUCCAAAACGACCUGUCUUAUCUGUCAGUGCAAGAAAAAUUAAAGAUAACGCAGCAGACUGGCAUAAUUUAAUGAUGAAAUGGGAGACCCUGAAUAAUAAUGGAUUUACUACUGCAAACAAAAUUGUAAACUUGAAAAUUGGCACACAAUUUAAAGAUAACAAGCUGGAGAUAGAAUGUGACAACAUUGCAUCUGACUGUGGAAAGCUGUCUCCAAGCUAUAAUGAAGAACUUGAGAUGUUCUGUGCAGAAUUGCUUGGGACCUUGGAAAACAUGCUCCCAUCUCGUUAGGGAACAGAGUGGACAUUUAUCAUCUAACCUACUUAAUGAGUGGACACACUAUUAAGAAUUGUCACCCCAAUAAUUUUGGAAAUAGCCAAUACAAGUGAAGAUAAGUGACGUUCCUACUGUAAUAGUAGUUCAUACCUUCAGAAUGGUAUAGUAACCUAAAUUAAAAAGAGAAAAAGUAAUACAAAUCAAAAGAAAAAGUGUACAACCUAUUCACUUUGCAGAAAUAAUUUCAUGCACCUCAUUGUUAACUUAACCUGAAUUUUAUUUCUUUAUUAGAAUAACUCUAAUAUCCCUUAGCUAUAAAGAAAAAUGCCUAUUAAAAUGAUAUUGGUUUGAUGUUAAAUUGAGCAGUUCUGUGCAAACUGGAAAAAAUUCCAAUGAUUGGUAUAAGCAGGAAAAUAUUCCAGAUUCCUCAUCAAAUUUGGUUCUCUGGAGAAAGUAAGAGUAAUGCUUCUGUUUCUUAGUUUGAGUUACUGUCAUGACUUAGCCCAUUAAAUGCACUGAUAUAAGUUGUCAUUCCUGUUGAGCAGUUAAAGUCCAAGCAUCUUGUGUUGGAUUAGACAAUGCAUAUAUACAUACAUUAUUUUCCACUGUUUGUAAUCAUAUGUACCAUAUAUUCAGGAGUUUACAGCAUGACCAUGAUGCUCCUAAAUUCUUUACUGUAAAAUGCUGCUACCAGCCUCAAUUAUUUUAUUAAUGGUUUCAUAGAUUUCAAAGCCAGAUGGAACCAUUGUGAUCAUCUACCUCCUGUAUAACACUGGCCAUAGAACAUCCCCAAAAUAAUUCCU